AAUAAUAAUUUUUCUGAUAAAAAAAUGUUUGGAUUCUCGUAUUUUUAUCGUAUCUGAUUCCGAUUUUGAGAAAAUAAUUUUCUCGAAUUUCUCAGGAAAAUGCAAAUCAACAUAAAAAUCCAGUACCUAAGUAAGUUGUAAUGAAUACAUUCAUUAUAUUGGUGCUCAUUUUUUAGAUUUGUGUCAAUGAAUAAUGAUUCAUGAAGAUUGGAUAAACUCGUAUAAUUUCAUAAAAAAGUAGGACUACAAGAAAUACCUUGUGAGCCCAUAUUUUCUAGGACUUUUUUCUUUAUUAUUAACCAACGAACCCUUCAUUUUAGUUUGUACCUCCAAUUUAGGAAUAAUCUGUAUAUUAUUCAAGUGAUAGCCAAAGCUCCCAUUGACGUUGUUAGAUUUGCCAAUAUGGUUGGUGAUCUCAAUUGUUGAGUAUAGUACAAAAAUAAAACAAAAAAUCAAAGUGGUGGCAGUCUAAAAAGCUGCUUUCUAAACAAUCGACCCCUACAUUAAUUUAAUCUAAUCUAAUCUAAUUGAAAAUAUAAUUAAUUGGGUGGCAACAACAACUCUAUGAUAUUAUUUUUUGUUUGAAUUAAGAUGCAACCGUUGCAGAAGAACACAAUACAAAACUCAUGACAAUUGCAUGAUGUAGAAGAAUCUCUAGAGAAAUGAUGGAUUAUGGAUCUAUUCAACAGUACCGAAUUCUUGACCAUUGUUGUUGAAUCAAAUGAAAAAAAUUGAUCAGUUACCUAUACGAAAUGAAUAUCGAGAACAAUUCCACAUUCAUCAUCGGCAAUGGUACAUCAGAAGAAGAGCAUUAUAUCUUCGAUGAUAUUUAUGUGAGAUCAGUAUUUUUCACUUUGUAUUCUACAGUAUUUUGUUUCUGCUUUUUUGGAAACUCAAUGGUUAUUCUCGUGAUAAUAUCAAAUCGCCGUAUGAGAUCCAUUACAAAUUUUUUUCUGGUUAAUUUAGCACUUGCUGAUUUAUGUGUUGGUGUAUUCUGUAUAUAUCAGAAUUUCUUUGUAUAUAUAAUCAACAGUUGGGCCCUUGGAGAAUUUCUUUGCAAGAUGUACCUUUUCGUCCAAACUUUGAGUAGUACAGCCAGCAUAUUAAUACUAGUUGGUAUUUGUAUUGAACGAUAUUUCGCAAUUAUUUAUCCAAUCAUAAGUAAACGAAUUCUUACACCUGAACGACUCAAGAUUAAGAUGUUGCUGAUAUGGAUCAUUUCCAUUGGAUACAGUUGUCCAAGGUUCAUUUUCGGUAAAACAAUAAUAAAUGUUUUUUCAAGUGGAAACGGGAAUGAAACAAUAUGUAUAAUGAAUAGAGAAGAAUAUAACUCAGAAAUUUCAGAUAUGUUUCAUUUCAGUCUACUUUACUGUUUACCAAUGAUGAUAUUAACAAUACUCUACACGAGAAUAGCUCUAUGUCUUUGGAGAAGUUCCAAGCAAGUGAAAAAACAACUUCAUUCCUCAUACAACAUUGAGAAUUCUAAAAUGGAAAUAAAUCAGAACAAUCACGUUAAGUUACGUAUGGGAAGUCACCAUGGUAAUGCAGAAAUAUUAACAUCUCAAAAUAUGAACUCUAGCCACAACGUACUGCGAGCAAGGAGGGGAGUAAUAAAGAUGUUAAUCAUAAUUGUUGUUACCUUUGCACUUUGCCAUCUACCUUAUCAUUUGAGAAAAAUCUGGCUAUAUUGGGCGUCAGCCAAUCAAGCGCAAGCUGAUUUGAGUGCUUUAUUGACUCCUCUAACAUAUUUGACAACGUAUUUGAACUCAGCAGUUAAUCCAGUAUUAUAUGCGUUUCUAUCCAAUAAUUUCAGGAGGGAAAUGCGGAGUAUGGUACUCUGCUUCUCUGGUAGAAAAAAACAGAGUCAGAACUUUCAUAUUCGAUUGGAAAGGCAGAAAUACUCUUCUAGGUACACAUUAAGAACAAAUGAUUCAACUCUCACUGGAUCCAACAAAGAGAAUACUCGUAGAGAUUCUUUAUAUUCCAGGAGAGCCUCAUAAAAGUUGUAGUGUAACUGUAUAGUGAAAAUGGAUUUGUGGAAAUCAAUCUCAAUAUGUGUAAUUGUGUAAUGUUAUAACUCGUAAAUAAAAAUGUUAGUUAA